AUGCCCUCGUGGCAUGAUGCAAUCAGUGGGAGAUGGACACCCUCGACCGCAGACUUAGAAGCUGAACAAGUGUCUGGUUAUGGUGUCGUUACCAACAUCAUCAAUGGUGGAAAUGAAUGUGGUAAAGUUUCAAACUCGCGAGUGGAAGAUAGGAUUGGCUUCUACAAGAGAUAUUGUGACUUACUUGGAGUUGGCUAUGGCCCUAAUUGUUACAACCAAAUGCCCUUUACAUUGACUCAAGAAUGGGUAGGUUCGAUAAUAAGCAAAUUUCCGUUCGAUCAAAUGUUGAAGAAUCACAACGAUGGAAAUUGCUCUGCAAAUGGUUUUUACACUUAUGAAGCUUUCAUUGCUGCUACUAACUCCUUUGGAGCUUUUGGAACCACGGCGAUAAUGAUACUGGAAAAUGAGAAAUUGUCGCUUUCUUGGCUCAAACGCGGAUGGGCUUUUGUACCUAAUGGUCCAUAUUCAUGGGGAUAUUGCUUCAAGCAAGAACACGGCAAUCCAAUGGAUUAUUGUGUUGCAAGCCCGCGGUGGCCAUGUGCUCCUGGUAAAAGGUAUUUCAGUAGAGGGCCUAUCCGGAUUUCCUACAAUUACAACUACGCUCCAGCAGGAAGAGCCAUAGGGUCUGAUCUGCUGAACAAUCCAGAUGCAGUUGCAAAUGACCCAACCAUUUCAUUCAAAACUGCAUUAUGGUUUUGGAUGACACCACAAGCUCCAAUGCCCUCGUGGCACGAUGCAAUCAGUGGGAGAUGGACACCCUCGACCGCAGACUUAGAAGCUGAACAAGUGUCUGGUUAUGGUGUCGUUACCAACAUCAUCAAUGGUGGAAAUGAAUGUGGUAAAGGUUCAAACUCACGAGUGGAAGAUAGGAUUGGCUUCUACAAGAGAUAUUGUGACUUACUUGGAGUUGGCUAUGGCCCUAAUUUGGACUGUUACAACCAAAUGCCCUUUACAUUGACUCAAGAAUGGGUAGGUUCGAUAAUAAGCAAAUCUCCAUUCGAUCAAAUGUUGAAGAAUCGCAACGAUGGAAAUUGCCCUGCAAAUGGUUUUUACACUUAUGAAGCUUUCAUUGCUGCUACUAACUCCUUUGGAGCUUUUGGAACCAGGGCGAUAAUGAUACUGGAAAAUGAGAAAUUGCCGCUUUCUUGGCUCAAACGCGGAUGGGCUUUUGCACCUGAUGGUCCAUAUUCAUGGGGAUAUUGCUUCAAGCAAGAACACGGCAAUCCAAUGGAUUAUUGUGUUGCAAGCCCGCGGUGGCCAUGUGCUCCUGGUAAAAAGUAUUUCAGUAGAGGGCCUAUCCAGAUUUCCUACAAUUACAACUACGCUCCAGCAGGAAGAGCCAUAGGGUCUGAUCUGCUGAACAACCCAGAUGCAGUUGCAAAUGACCCAACCAUUUCAUUCAAAACUGCAUUAUGGUUUUGGAUGACACCACAAGCUCCAAUGCCCUCGUGGCACGAUGCAAUCAGUGGGAGAUGGACACCCUCAACCGCAGACUUAGAAGCUGAACAAGUGUCUGGUUAUGGUGUCGUUACCAACAUCAUCAAUGGUGGAAAUGAAUGUGGUAAAGGUUCAAACUCACGAGUGGAAGAUAGGAUUGGCUUCUACAAGAGAUAUUGUGACUUACUUGGAGUUGGCUAUGGCCCUAAUUUGGACUGUUACAACCAAAGGCCCUUUACAUUGACUCAAGAAUUCGAAACCAAACUGAUCCAUCGAAAGUUUCACUAUUGGUGCUUUUGA